AUGAAGCUCAUCUAUCACCUUGUUCUACCAUUGGCGACCCUUGUACAGGCCUAUACCGCCGAGCAGGUGGACAUCCAGCCGAGUCUGCUCAACAACCCCAACGACGUGGCUGGCAAGACCUUUGACUACAUUAUCGCAGGCGGCGGCUUGACCGGCCUCACCGUCGCCGCCAAACUGACCGAGAACCCUAACAUCGACGUCCUUGUCAUCGAAAAGGGGUUCUACGAGUCAAAUUGCGGUUCCAUCAUCGAGGACCCAAACACCUACGGCCAGGUCUUCGGCAGCAGCGGCGACCAGAACUACCUCACCGUCCAACAGAUCAACAACCGCACCGCAGCCAUCGUAUCCGGCAAGGGUCUAGGGGGUUCAACACUCGUCAAUGGCAACUCCUGGACUCGUCCCGACAAAGCCCAAAUCGACUCCUGGGAGAAGGUCUUCGGGAUGCAAGGCUGGACCUGGGACAGCAUCCUUCCCUACAUGAACAAGGCCGAGCGAUCUCGCGCACCAGACGCCACUGAGAUUGCAGCUGGCCACUCCUUCGACCCAUCCUGUCACGGCUUCAACGGUACCGUGCACGCCGGACCUCGCGAUAACGGCAAGCCAUGGUCGCCUCUCAUGAAGGCGCUCAUGAACACCACUUCCGAUCUCGGUAUCCCGACCCAGGUGGACUUCCACUGCGGACACCCGCGCGGCGUGUCAAUGAUCCCGAAUAACCUGCUGGAAGAUCAGACCCGCGCAGAUGCGGCCCGUGAAUGGCUGCUACCAAGCUAUAAGCGGCCCAACCUGAAGAUCCUCACCGGGCAGGUCGUUGGCAAGAUCCUCUUUGACGAAGCUACAGCCGAAUCUGCAGCUUCAACCCAGCCCAGAGCUGUCGGUGUUAAUUUCGGUACCCACAGAUCCGUGAACUUCAACGCCUACGCUAAACAUGAGGUCCUGCUUGCCGCCGGAUCCGCCAUCUCGCCCUUGAUCCUGGAGUACUCCGGUAUCGGCCUCAAGACCGUCCUCGACGAGGCCAACGUCACGCAGAUCAUUGAUCUCCCUGUAGGUCUCAAUAUGCAGGACCAGACUACAACCAGUGUGCGAGCGCGCAGUGGCCCAGAGGGCUUCGGCCAGGGCCAGGCUGUGUACUUUGCCAACUUCACCGAAACCUUCGGUGAGGACUCCACUCGUGCGAUUGAGCUGCUCAACACGAAGCUUGACCAGUGGGCCGAGGAGACUGUCGCGCAGGGUGGAUUCCGUAACGUGUCUGCGUUGAAGAUGCAGUAUGAGGAGUAUCGCAGCUGGUUACUCGAUGAGGACGUCGCAUACGCGGAACUGUUCUUGGAUACAGAGGGGAACAUCAACUUCGAUAUCUGGGACCUGAUCCCCUUCGCCCGUGGCUCAACGCAUAUUCUCAGCAGCGAUCCAUACAUGUGGCACUACGCCAAUGAUCCAAAGCUGUACCGGAACGAACUUGAUGUUCUCGGCCAGGCUGCUGCGACGAGACUCGCCAGGAGGUUGCAGAGUAGUGGUGAGAUGGCGAAAUACUUUGCUGGCGAGGUUACUCCAGGUGAUAAAGUACCGUCAGAUGCAAGUCUGGACCAAUGGGCCGAGUACGUGACUGAUGUUUUCCGUCCGAACUACCAUGCGGUUGGGACGUGCUCGAUGAUGGCUCGGGAGCUUGGAGGUGUUGUUGAUGCUACGGCGAAGGUGUAUGGGACGCAGGGUCUAAGGGUUAUUGAUGGGUCUAUUCCCCCUACGCAGGUUUCUUCUCAUGUUAUGACUGUGUUUUAUGGGAUGGCGCUGAAAAUUGCGGAGGCUGUGCUUGCUGAUUAUGAGACGGCUUAA